AUGAAAUCUGUUGCCAUUGUUCCCACGCUGGCAGUCGCUGCGUUUGCUGCUCCAGCUAAAGACAUCGAGAAGAGAGCUACCCCUCAUGUCUACCUAGCUGGAGAUUCGACGAUGGCUCUCGGAGGAGGAGGAACUUCAACUCAAGGUUGGGGCGUCUACCUUCCAUACUCUCUCAAAGAUGUUACAGUAGUAAACGACGCAGUAGCUGGUCGCUCCGCACGCUCGUACACGGACGAAGGUCGAUUCACGACCCUGGUAAAUACUGUAGCGUCUGGAGACUGGGUCAUCAUCGAAUUCGGACAUAAUGAUGGCGGUUCGCUCUCUCCUACGGACAAUGGCCGGAGCGACUGUGUGGGCUCAGGAAGUGAAACCUGCACCACAGCUGCGGGUGUUGUGGUACAAACGUACGUCACGUACCUGACCAACGCAGCAAAAGCGCUGUUGGCGAAAGGCGCAAAAGUCAUCAUCAGCUCUCCCACACCGGACAAUACGUGUGAGAGUGGGACUUGCUCUUAUACCCCGAGUCGAUUCACGGCGUACUGCAAAGACGUUGUCGAGAAUGCGGGAAAUGGAGCCAGCUUUGUGGAUCAUGGACAAUAUGUUGCGAAUGAGUUCAACGCUCUAGGUGCCACGGUUGUGAAUAGUUAUUAUCCCAAGGAUCACACUCAUACCAGUCCUAUUGGAGCGAAUGUCGUAGCAGCGGCCUUCAUGAAGGGGCUGAUGUGCAAUAAUGAUCCGUUGGCGACAUACUCGAAGAAUACUACUGCGAGCAUCGCUGGAAGUUGUAUAUAAGAUGUCGUUGGCACAGAGAACUCACGAGCUGAUGGUUUUUGGAAAAUGGAAGGAAAAGAGCUAUUUUCCUGACUUCUUUGUACAUAUUUGGAUCCGCAAGAGGGAAUUGUAAAUACGAGAUCAAGCAUAUUGCAGAUUCAAGCCUCCAUGUAGCCGGAGCGUCCCCCUCGACGCCUCCGCAACGUUUAUGCAACGACCUUCCGGCAACGCUGCCGCAACGUCGCCUCGACGUUUUUCAACAACGUUGCCGCAACGCUGCCAGGAAGUUCC